AUGAUUGAAAGCCCGACAGCCGCCGCCGACGCUCGGCGCGAGCGUCGCAGCAAGUACCACGAGGCCGAUGUAGUCGUCGUCGGCGCCGGCGUCUUUGGCUGCGCCAUUGCUUAUGCCUUGGCCCAGCAGGGAAGAAGCGUUAUCCUCCUCGAGAGAUGGAUGAAGGAGCCGAAUCGUAUUGUCGGCGAGCUUCUGCAGCCCGGCGGUAUCGUCGCGCUGCGUCAAUUGGGACUGGCCGACGCCCUCGAGGGCAUCGACGCUGUGCCCUGCUACGGCUACAAGGUCAGCUUCCACGGCGAGGGAGUCGAUAUCCCCUACCCCUCCUUUGACGAGAACGGCCGCAUGAUCCACGCCUCCUCCAACACCGAAACGACGUCCUCGAGCGCGAAACAGAAGGAGGGCCGGUGUUUCCACCAUGGCCGCUUCAUCAUGAACCUCCGCAAGGCUUGCCAGAAGCAGGAGAACAUUACAAUCUUCGAGACCGAGGUGACGGCGACGAUACGCGGCGACGACCAAAACACGGUUCUCGGCGUCAGGUCCAACACCAAGGACGCCGCGACGGGCGAGAAGAAGGAAGACUAUUUCUUUGGCCAGCUGACCAUCAUUGCCGACGGCUACGCCUCCAAGUUCCGCAAGGAGCACAUUGCCCAGGCCCCCGUGGUCAAGUCCAAGUUCUAUGCCCUUGAGCUCAUCGACGCUCCUAUGCCCUCGCCCGGCUACGGCCAUGUCGUUAUCGGCAAGGCUUUCCCCGUCCUCAUGUACCAGAUUGGUACGCACGAAACCCGUGCGCUCAUCGACGUCCCCGCCAACAUCCCCGAGGCGUCGCCAGCCGCCGGCGGUGUCCGCGGCUACAUCAAGAACGUCGUCAUGCCGACAUUGCCGCCUCAGAUGCGGCCCCUGACGUCCAUUAUCAACGUGCUGGCCAUGGCUCUCUAUGCUCUGUUUGCCGCCAACGACCGCCAGCUGCGUGCCCUACAGAUGGGUUGCUUCCAGUACUUCCAGCGCGGCCACGCCUCGGAGCCCAUGGCCCUCAUGGGUGGACUGCUGCACCAGCCGUCCAAGCUCGCGUACCACUUCUUCAGCGUCGCCUUCCUCGCCAUCUGGCUCAACGCCCUCGACCUCAUGAGCGGCAGCAUCUUUGGCUUCCUCAAGGCGCCGCUGGCGCUCAUAGACGGCAUUCUGAUUCUCUGGAGAGCGAGUGUCGUGUUCCUGCCCGUCAUGUGGCGUGAGCUGAACUAG